AUGAAGACCACCGUCGGCAUCAUUGGCGCGGGCCCAGCUGGCCUGCUACUCGCACGUCUGCUGCUCAAGGCGGGCAUCGAGAGCGUCGUCAUCGAGACCAAGGACCGCGAGUACGUCGAACACCGGCAGCGUGCGGGUAUUCUUGAGCAGGGCUCGGUCGACACGCUGCGCGAGUGCGGCGCAGGCGAGCGGAUGGACAAGGAGGGCAUCCCGCACGACGGCAUUGAGCUUCUCUUUGACGAAGUGAGGUAUCCGAUCCACUUCCCCUCUCUUACCGGUGGGCGGCGCGUCAUGAUCUACGCCCAGACCGAGGUGUGCAAGGACUUGAUUGCUCUGCAGCUCAAGGAGGGCGGCCCGCUCUUUUUCGAGACUGCCGUCAAGGAAGUUCGCGACGCCAAGAGCUCCAAGCCCAAGAUUGUGUUCCGCCGCAAGGACGCGACCGAGGACGAGGUGCUCGAGUGCGACUACGUCGUCGGGUGCGACGGCUACUGGGGUGUCGCUCGCCAGGCCAUCCCCAAGGAACUCGUGCGCGAGUACGAGAAGAACUACCCCUUCGCGUGGCUCGGUAUCAUGGCCGAUGUACCUCCGUCCAACGAGGAGCUCAUCUAUGCUCGCCAUGACCGCGGAUUCACUCUCCUCUCGAUGCGCUCGCCCACUGUGUCGCGCAACUACAUCCAAGUGCCGGCCGGUACCGACAUUAAGGAGUGGAGCGACGACGCGAUCUGGGACGAGAUCGAGGCCCGCACCAAGACCAACGACGGAUGGAAGGUCCAGCGCGGACCCAUCUUCCAGAAGAGCGUCACGCCAAUGCGCUCGUACGUCCACGAGCCUAUGCAGUACGGCAACCUCUUCCUGGCCGGCGACGCCGCCCACAUUGUGCCGCCCACCGGAGCCAAGGGCCUCAACCUCGCUGUCGGCGACGUCGUCACCUUUGCCCGCGCCAUCAAGCACAAGGUCGACACGGGCUCGGAUGAUCUCCUCCAGGGAUACUCUGACCAAUGCCUCCGUCGCGUGUGGCAGGCCGAGCGGUUUUCGUACGACAUGACCAACCUCCUCCACACCAGCCCAGACGAGACGCCGUUUGAGCACAAGCUCCAGACCGCCAAGCUCUGGCGCAUGACAUCGCAGCCCUCGGCCGAGACCGACCUCGCGAUGGGCUACACUGGCUUCCCGUUGUAG